AUGCGGGCUGCGAUGAAGAUACUGCUCUUAUUGAGCGCCGUGCAUAUGGUCUGUUCAUUUAUUGAAUCGUACAAUACGCCAAUAAAUUGCGUUAUUUCCAGGCUUACAGCGUUCUGUACCAUACCAGAGGGGAUCGGACAUACAAAAUCAAAUGCCCUGAGGUUAGUGACGUCUUCCAAAUUUGAAAAUGGGUCGCUCUCAUAUUUUUAGGGACAGUACAACUACCGAGAGCUCGGUUUCUGCUUCAAUUGCACCUCAUGUGCGGAAUUCCUCUACGAGCAGUGAGUUUCAUUUACAAUUUUCGAAAUUCAAACUAGUGUCUGAACAGUUUUGAGAGCUACUCUUAGUGCUUUUUGUCCAAUAAUUCGUCUGGGUCUUCUUUCCUAAAUGUUGAUGUCAGUGUCAGUGUCAGAAUCAUUGAUAACGGUCAAUGCUGGACGAAUGUCAUGUGCCUGCACACACACAAAUCGGUGUCAUAUGGUGCCUUGAAAAGUCGGCUAUUAUGCAAGUGAUAAGCAAAUAAGCAUUGCUUUUUAAAACAGAAAUUCGAAAUUCCAUAGGGAAACUUUUAAUGAUUUCGAUUCGAGCAAAUCGAGGGCAUUUGAUGUAAUCAAAACGACGCUUGUCGGAAUCAAAUUUCAUCAUUUCAGUGCAUAAACGUCAAAAUUCUUAUCGCAAACUAAGAAAAUUCAAACGGGUAGUUUGAGUCUUCUUCUGUGUACUUCUUUCGAAAAUGUACAAACCAUCAUUUUAGGGAGAAAUGCUCGGAGACCAAGAAUACCGUUUGCGGAUGGUGUGGAAAGGAGCCGAACUUUUCUGAGAUUUCAGACACGUAAGUACAGAAAAAUGUGGUAGGCGUUGAGAAAGAAACUCUGAAUGCUCAGAGUUUUGGCGUCGUAUCAGACCAAAUGCAUGAUGUCCCGUCUGGAUUUCGUCGACAUGACGAGAUUGGCCGAUGAGAUGCACGAUGACUAUGAAGAGGAAUCGAGUUCUGAGGAGGAGGAGGAGGAUGUGAUUCUUCACGGUAAAACAUCGGGCCACAAUUUAGAUCACUCUGGGGAAAAUUUCAGAUAGCGAUGAGCAAAACUUGGUAGACAAAUAUGCAGAUGAAGAAGAAAGAGAUGAAGAGGAAUACAGUAACGAGGCCCUUCCCGAACCAUCUCUGAAUGUUGAAGAAGAAGAAGAAGAAAAAGACGACGAGGACGUGACGGAGGUGCAGGAGGAGCCGCAGAAGGAACCGCAGGAACCGGAGGAAGAUGAUUCGGUCGAUCAAUCGAUCUCUGCAUCUGUCCGAAUCUAUUUGACUCAAAAAGGGAAAAAUAUCGUGAUUAGACACGAAGAUGCUGAUGAAUCCGAAAGUGGAAUCGUUCUUUCUCGUGAUGCAAGUGACCCAAUCAAAUAUUCAGCUCAGCUAUAUGUUCAGGAUGUGGAGGCGUCUUUGAAGCAUUUGGUCGAGCUGGUUCCAAUCCGGAAACUGUCUUUCAGUGAACUUUUCGAAUCCUCGGAGGAAGGGAAUGAACGGGUUAUCAAGUGGGACAAUUGGGUCGAUGAUAAGGUGAAACUUCUUAAUAUCAAGGUGGGCAGGAAUUGAGAAUUACAAAAAAAAACAGAAUUGUUUAGGAACCCGAGGUUGUUGAGGCCGAAGAGAUCCGCCAAUCGGAAGACACUCUCAUUAUUGUGGAUGCCGGGUAAUUUGACAGUACCUCUGAAAACCUCUAAAAAGUAAUGGAAAAUGAGCAAGUGAUUCCAGAGAAUUCGACGAUGAAGUGGACAUGGAGGCAUCGGUGAAUAUGACCUCGGCUGAAGUCGCCAACAGAGCCAUUGUUACCAUCGCCUUCUGUAUGACUAUGAUCUUCAUCAUGUAUGUUUUAUAACCUUUUUCAGAAUCAAAAACAUUUUUAUUUGCUUUUUCAGUUCAUUCCUCUCCUACGCGUUCAUCCGAUUGCGUGCGGAGAAAACCGUGUUCCAGGGCGUUCCCACCGAUUCGCAAGACUAUCAUAGUACGGUUUUGGAUCUAUAAAUAAUUAAUUGAUAACAACUGAUCCGUUUGUUUUUAGUGAUCAUCGAGGCCAGUCGUUACAUCGAAGAGCUUGAGAAGAAGGAGAAGCGCUGCGCCCGUCACAUUCAUGAUAACCCGACCUUUGACCUUUGA